CUACAACCAUGAAAACAACCUCAAAACCCCACCUGAAGUUCUCUCAAUUAAAGAGGAAGAUCCUGACAAUAAAGACUACCUCUGUACGAGAUCAGGAGCUCAGUAACACUCUCACUGAUUAUUCUACCUGACACAUUAUCUAGUGCACUGACAGUAUACUAGUGGGUUAUUUGGGAUGUAGCCUCUGUUAUAGAUAAUUUAAUCACCAAAUUAUGACUAAUUGAACUUGCAUGGUUUUUAUGUUUUUAGAGAGUUUAAUAUCAUAUGUAGGAGUAAGGAAAACUAAAUAAUUUUUUUCUUUAAAUACAUACAUUUAAAUAGUUACUCCUACAUUUGCUCCAGAACAACACUGGUUUCCAGCUCCAUGGAUGUCAGGGCUCGUGCAGGUCCUUGAACUCCUUGAAAAGUGCUGGAAUUUGAAAACUCAUUUCAAGGGCACUUGAAACUCUUUGAAAAUAGGAAAAAUUCCUUGAAAAAUCAUAAAUACUCCUUGAAAAAAAUACUUAAAUUCUUCCCAUGUAUUUAGGUGUAAUAAUAAAUUAAAUUAAAAAGGAAAAAUUAGAGAAUAUAGAAAAACGAUGACACGACGGUCAUUUAAAAUGAACACUCUGGGCUUCCUGUGUUUUCGCACAUGCACUUUGGUUCUCUGGUGCCAUAUUGAAUUCUCCUGUUGAGCAUGCAGGCGUGCACAAGAAGAGAGAGAAAGGCGUGCAAAAGGAGAGAGAAAGAGUGCUUGAAUCAGGAUGUCAGUGAUGAAAUUUUCGCUAUGCAAACAAGAAGGAGACGUAUACUAGAAGAUUCAUUUCAACUGAAGGAGAGUGUUGACAAGCUGAUGGAACUAGCAGAACAAGAACGCAAGAUAGUGCAUGUCACGAAAGCCAACAGCUUCAAGAGGACAAUAAAGGAUCUGGAACUCGAGGCUAAUGAGGUGAACGAUAAAAUUGAAGUGCUAAAGAAGAAGCUCAAGCAUUAACGUUUUUAAUUUUGAGUGAACCAAAUCGCUUAGCCGCAAUGGUUACAUUGCUAUAACACAGAGACAGUUUGUUGCAAACAAAUUCUGCUGUAUACAGUUUUUUAGAAAGUUUUCCAUGUUUAAAUUUGUUGUUGAAAUGUAACAGAUUUCAUCAGUGAUAGUGUUUCUAACGAUUGUUUUCGAAACCUGUUUUAAAAUAUAACAAGCAAAAAUAAAAGAAACGAAUAAAAUGUAACACCUGUGCAAAGGCCACGUUUUUUUCUAAUAACAAACGAAACAAAAGGCUCGGCUACCAAGCUUCGAACCAUGAGCGACUUUAACGAUCGUAAAUUCCAAAACUAAACACCUCAAAAAGCAAAGAAGACUAAAUAUAAACACAAACUAUGUCGAUAUCAUGGUUGUGAAACUGGUUGUGGAGUAUUUUGGAAAGGUUUUUGCAAUCCAAAACGCCAGUUUUCCCUCAUUCAAAAGUUCAAUCAAAUGUUCAUUAUCCUGAUUGUACCCAUCGUGAUGUGGCCCUUGAAAAUUUUGAUUUUGGUCCUUGAAUACUCCUUGAAAUGUCCUUGAAUGUUUUCACAAAAAUCCUGCACGAACCCUAGAUGUAAUUAUUUACAAUAUAUGGCUAAAGUUUGUGCACCCCGACCAUCACACGCAUAUGUGGUUAUUCUCCAAACUGUUAUCACAACAUUAGAAGUACACAGUUGAAUGUUUUUGCAAGCUGUAGCUUUCCAAAUUCUCUUCACUGGAACUAAGAAGCCAAAACCUGUUCCAGCAUGACGAUGUCCCUGUGCACAAAGCAAGCUCCAUGUGCGUCAAGUUUGGAGUGGAAGAACUCUAGUGUCCUGCACAGAACCCUGACCUUGAACCUACUGAACACCAUUGGGAUGAAGUGGAACACCAACUGCACCCCAGGCCUCCUCACCCAACAUUAGUGCCUGACCUCAUGAAUGCUCUGGUGGAAAGUAUUCCCAGAAUAGUGUAGCUUAGUUGAAAAGCAAACAGGAUUGAAUCUGGAAUGAGAUGCUCAACAAGCAUUUGUGUGUGUGAUGGUCAGGUGUCCAAAUACCUGUAUACAGGUUUAGGGGAAUACUGGUGGUGCAUCAGCAUGGUAUCAUAGCUCUAGGGUUGUGGAUUUGAUCCUGAGCUCAGAUUAUUGUCUGUGUUGAGAUUUGCAUGUUCUCCCCAUGUUUGUGGAGGUUUCCUCUGAGUCCACUUGUUUCCUUCAGGUAUGAGCAAAUAGGCUAUGCUUAAAUUACCACUAGGUGUGAACAAGUUUGUUCAUGUGUGGGUGCAUGAUUCCCUGCAGUGGACUGGCGUGAGUGUAUUCUGGUUUACUCUUGAAGUGGGUGUUGCCUACACGUUAAAAAAAUUUAAUUUAAAUGCCACUGGAAAAAUGUGUAGAUCUAGAAAUGCCAGAAGUGUCAGCAUGCUCAAAUAGGGAAAUGAGUGGUUUGUUUGUUUAUUUAUUUAUUUGAUUGAUUUGAUAUAUAAUUUUUAUUCUGCACACAUUUAGACCACUAUAGACUCAUGCACACCUGCAACAUGUCAUAGCAAUGACUUCAUGAAUUUUUUCAAUGAUAAAAUUGAAAAUAUCUGACAAAUUUUAAACUAAUAAUUUAAGGCCAGACAAGUAGAGUAACUCUGUAGUUAACAAUAUAAAUGAUUUAACAAUUAGAAUAUUUUACUCCCCUUAGAGAAAUCGAACUAAUUUAAUUAAUCUCCACAUCAAAAUCUUCAACUUCUAUACUAGAUCCCUUACCUCUUCAAACAGAUAAUACCAGAAGCAAUUGAACCUCUUCUAAAAAUAAUACAUUCUUCCUUUAGAAUUGACUAUGCACCCAAAUUCUUUAAACUAACAAUUGUCAAACCCCUGAUUUAAAAAAACCUGACCUGUCAGCUGUCCGAUUAUAGGCCAAUAUCAAACCUCCCAUUUAUCUCCAAGAUCCUAGAAAAAGCUGUGUCACAGCAGUUAUGCUCCUAUAUCUACACAGGAAUAACAUCCAUGAAAUGUAUCAGUCAAGAUUUAGACCUCAUCAUAGCACUGGUUAAAAUAGUAAACGACUUACUGUUGGCAUCUGAUCAGGGCUGUGUCUCCCUGCUUGUAUUGCCUGACCUUGGUGUAGCCUUUGAAACCACUGAUCAUUCCAUUCUCCUGGACAGACUAGAAAAUGUUGUGGGAGUUAAGGGAACGGCCCUCUCCUGGCUCAGGUCUUAUUUAACGGAUCCCUAUCAGUUUGUUGAUGUAAAUGGUGAUUUUUCUAGACAUACUGAGGUGAAGUUUGGUGUUCCACAAGGUUGUGUAUUAGGUCCACUGCUUUUUUUUUCUUUAUAUAUAUAUGUUACUUGUGGGUGAUGAUAUUCGUAAGCAUGGUAUUAGUUUCCACUGUUAUGCUGAUGACACACAGUUGUAUGUUUCUGCAAAGCCAGAUGAGAGACAUGAGCUUAAUAAAAUUGAGGAAUACGUAAAGGAUAUUAGACACGGGAUGCUUAUUAACUUCCUUCUGCUGAACUCUGACAAGACUGAAGUACUUGUACUAGGACCACAUGCAGGUAGAAUUAGGUUUUCUGAUUACACAGUAACUCUGGAUGGCCUUUCUGUUUCUUCACGUGCAGCAGUAAAAGACCUCGGUGUAAUCAUUGACUCCAAUCUUUUUUCAUUUGAAACUCAUAUCGAUAACAUUACCCGGAUAGCUUUCUUUCAAUCUCAGAUAAAUAAAUCUCAGAAAUAUUGCUAAGAAAUAUAAUGUCACUACAUGAUGCAGAAAAACUAGUUCAUGCUUUUGUUACCUGUAAGUUGGAUUAUUGUAAUGCAUUACUGUCUGGAUGUUCCAGUAAGUGUGUAAACAAGCUCCAGUUAGUUCAAAAUGCGGCAGCAAGAGUCUUUACUAGAACUAGAAGAUAUGACCACAUUAUCCCUGUCUUAUCCACACUGCAUUGGCUCAAAAUCAAAUUUUGUGUUGAUUAUAAAAUACUACUAUUGACCUUUAAAGCACUGAAUGGUCUCGCACCACAGUACCUGAGUGAACUUCUGGUCCUUGACGUCAAAAGGUGCAGGCCAUCUGCUGGUACCUCAUAUAGUGAAGGCUACAUCAGGGGGCAGAGCCUUUUCUUACAAAGCCCCACAGUUAUGGAACAGCCUUCCAAGAAGUGUUCAGGAUUCAGACACACUCUCGGUGUUUAAGUCUAGGCUGAAAACAUAUCUGUUUAGUUAAGCCUUUUGUUAAUAGUUUUUAAUUAGUUAAAGGAGUAGAUCUGGAGGGUUCUCAGGAAUAGAGUGUUUUGGUAAACUGGGAUGUAUGGAUGCUGACAUACACCCCACUCUCACUUGCUCACUCAGGUUUGUUGGUGGUGUGGUGGCUGCUGCUUUAUGUCCCAGGGCACCGUCAUGUCUGUGUUACCUUCUGGCUCUCCCCUUUUAGUUAUGCUGUCAUAGUUAGUCUUGCUGGAGUCCCUGCUUGCACUCAGUGCAAAAUGUAUCCUGUUCUUAUACUCGUACAUUAGGUGAUAUUGGGCAUACCUAACAAGCUGUGUUCCCUCACCCCUGUCUCUUCCCUCUGUCUGUCCCUCUGAGUUACUUGUCAAUCCUGAGACACCAGUGGUGCUGACCUCUUCUGUUCCUCGGACUUGCCUGAUCCAUCCUGAUGCCCUACGUCUGGCUGGAGUCUUAUCUCAUAACACCUGUGGAGGACGGCCGUGUAUGGACAGUUGAAAGUCACACUUGGAAGACGCACUGGACACUUACAAUUGUGAAGUUUGCAAAUCCUUCUUCUUUCACAAGUGUGAGCUUCAUGGACCACCCCUCUUCAUCCCUGAUACUCCUGUUCUCAUGGGAGUUCCUGACCGAGCCAGGCAAACACUUCCUCCUGAACUAGAGAUUCGGAAGUCCGGUAUUCCUGACGCAGGCCUGGGAGUGUUUAAUAAGGGGAAGACUGUUCCAGUAGGUGCACACUUUGGACCCUACCAGGGAGAGCUGGUGGACAUAGAGAAAGCCAUGAAUAGCAGAUACUCCUGGGUGAUAUGCAGGAGCAGGCAGUGUGAAGAGUACAUAGAUGCCACAAGAGAAAUGCAUGCAAAUUGGAUGAGGUAUGUGAAUUGUGCUCGUAAUGAUGAAGAACAGAAUCUUGUGGCGUUUCAGUAUCGAGGGGGAAUUCUGUAUCGUUGCUGUCGACCCAUUAACCCAGAACAGGAGCUCUUGGUGUGGUAUGAUGAGGAGUAUGCCAAAGAACUAAGUCCUGCAUUUCACAAGCUCUGGAACAAAAAGUGUUCCAUGAAUGACAAACACAUCCAGAGAUGCUACUAUGAAGAGUAUUUGAAGCCAUACGAAUUGGGAGAUGUUAAACACGGUCUUCAGAUCCCCUCCAAAGGCUUCAGUAGUCAGCCAACGUCAUCUGAUACUCUCAGUUCUGACACUUCUAACAAUGAUGACCAAAAGGAAAUUUACCAUUGCUCAGGACAUGGAACAAAUUUUGGUCAUCGGAGUGCUCAACAACAUGAACAAGUUCACCCAGGAGAGGAGCCAUAUCAAUGCUCCCAGUGUGGAAAAAAUUUUACUCAUCAGCGUAAUCUGCAACAACACCAGCGCAUUCACAGAGGUCAGAAGCCAUAUCACUGCUCACAGUGUGGAAAGAGUUUUAUUCUACAGAUUUAUCUUCAGCGUCACCAGCGCAUUCACACAGGAGAGAGGCCAUAUCACUGCUCACAGUGUGGAAAGAGGUUUACUAAUUAUAGUAAUCUCCAACAACACCAGCGCAUUCACACAGGAGAGAGGCCAUAUCACUGCUCCCAGUGUGGAAAGAGUUUUACUCAUCAGAGUCAUCUCCAACAACACCAGCGCAUUCACACAGGGGAGAAGCCAUAUCACUGCUCACAGUGUGGAAAGAGUUUUAUUCUACAGGGUGAUCUUCAGCGUCACCAGCGCAUUCACACAGGAGAGAAGCCGUAUCAUUGCUCACAGUGUGGAAAGAGUUUUACUCAAAAGCAUUAUCUCCAAAAUCAUCAGCGCAUUCACACAGGAGAGAAGCCGUAUCAUUGCUCACAGUGUGGAAAGAGUUUUACCCAAAAGACUCAUCUCCAAAAACACCAGCACAUUCACACAGGAGAGAAGCCGUAUCAUUGCUCACAGUGUGGAAAGAGUUUUACCCAACAGACUCAUCUCCAAAAACACCAGCACAUUCACACAGGAGAGAAGCCAUAUCACUGCUCACAGUGUGGAAAGAGUUUUACUCAAAAGCAUUAUCUCCAACAACACCAGCGCAUUCACACAGGAGAGAAGCUUUAUCACUGCUCACAAUGUGGAAAGAGUUUUACUCAAAAGCAUUAUCUCCAACAACACCAGCGCAUUCACACAGGAGAGAAGCCGUAUCAUUGCUCACAGUGUGGAAAGAGUUUUACUCAGAAGCAUUAUCUCCAACAACAUCAGCGCAUUCACACAGGAGAGAAGCCAUAUCACUGCUCACAAUGUGGAAAGAGUUUUACUCACAAGUGUACUCUUCAGUCACACCAGCGCAUUCACACAGGAGAGAAGCCAUAUCACUGCUCACAGUGUGGAAUGAGUUUUACUGUAAAGAGUAAUCUCCAACAACACCAGCGCAUUCACACAGGAGAGAAGCCAUAUCACUGCUCACAGUGUGGGAAGAGUUUUACUCAAAAGCAUUAUCUCCAACAACACCAGCGCAUUCACACAGGAGAGAAGCCAUAUCACUGCUCACAGUGUGGAAAGAGUUUUACUCACAAGUGUACUCUUCAGUCACACCAGCGCAUUCACACAGGAGAGAAGCCAUAUCACUGCUCACAGUGUGGAAUGAGUUUUACUGUAAAGAGUCAUCUCCAACAACACCAGCGCAUUCACACAGGAGAGAAGCCAUAUCACUGCUCACAAUGUGGAAAGAGUUUUACUCACAAGUGUUCUCUUCAGUUACACCAGCGCAUUCACACGGGAGAGAAGCCAUAUCACUGCUCACAGUGUGGAAAGAGUUUUACCCAACAGAUUCAUCUCCAACAACACCAGCGCAUUCACACAGGGGAGAAGCCAUAUCACUGCUCACAGUGUGGAAAGAGUUUUACUCAAAAGUGGAAUCUCCAACAACACCAGCGCAUUCACACAGUACAGAAGCCUCAUCACUCCUGACAGUGUGGAAAGCGUUUGUCAAUAGGGUCUUCUUUGCAUUUACCUGUGCAUUCGCACCAGAGAAAAGUAGAAUCACUGCUUAAAGAGAGGCAACACAUUUAUUCAGUUACAUUUAAGACGCACGAGUGCAUGAACUCAGACAUUGCAUGUUUUCAAGUUGUCAAAUUAUGUUUGUUUAUUACUGUUUUUCCUGGAAUUAAUCUAUAUUUUGAAAGGUAUAUUUCAUUUUAUAUUUAUCUUGACUUUUUGUGGAAGGCAGUAUAUGUAAACUUUUCGCAGUGUUUAAAAUUAGACCAUUGAUUGCAUUUAUUUAUUUUUUUGCCAGGGAUCUCAGACGUCUGCUAUUUAGCGGAAUUCCGCUAUUUUUCUAGCCAAAGUGUUUGUUUUUUUUUAAAUCUCUUGUAUAUCCGUUAAAAAUAUGUUUAAGUAAAAUGACCAGCAGAAUACGUUCUGAUUUGGUUUGCUUGUUUAGCGAUGUUUUCGUCGGCUUAGUUUGUUCUCGUUAUCAUUCGGGAACACUCGGAAAUUAAAUUGAUGUAAAUACCGCGAGACUGUACGCGAUAGAAUGAGAAAGCAAUAUGGCUGCGCCCAUUUGCUAGAAAACGUGUUUUAACUCCGUUCGUGCUUUUGUUUCUAAAAUGCGUUUGUGGCAGCGGGGGCGUGGUCAAGCAUCGG